AUGCCAUCGCGAGUUUUUAACUACAGUUUUGACUCGAUUUUUUUUAAGCAUUCCAUUUUUAAAUUGACUAUGCUAUGUUAAAUCUGUACUUAUUCGCUAAGCCAAUUUUCUUUUUGUUUGUUUGUUUUUUUAAGUGUUAUUGGAUUUAGUGCAGUGACUAUUUUUUUUCAAUGUUGUUUACACGACAUUGUUUAUUUAAUUUACAAAUCUGAAGGAGUGAAUGUGAAAACUCGAAAACGUCCGGAAGGACGGGCCGACUCUCCCUUCGCAUUUCCGCAACAGAUCAAUAAUGACGGUUAAGAAAGGCAGCCGGUGUGGCGGCUUAGCUGCAAUAUUGACCCGUCAGAAGCUACACAAUACUAAUCAACAGCUGGACAUAUCGGCCAUUAGUAAAUCAAAUCACAAUUACAGCACCAUUGUGGGUUUUAACGAAAAAGAUCAGCUACAACUACUUACAAAGGAUGAUAGCAAUGAAGAUGAUAAACAAAAGCUGAUCAAAGAUUACGAUAUAAAGGCCGGCAAGCAAGAGAACAUCUGUAUUGACGACAUCGCGAACUGUGUCAACAUUGACAACUAUCCGAAUUGUGAAAACACGCUGGUUUUUUACAUUACAAAGAAUUCAAACAAAGAGGCCAUCGCUCUUCGAUUUGAAAACGAACAGGAUUUCAAAAGAAUCUAUUUUACUUAUAAAUAUUUCAAAAUGCGAAACAGAUUGACAAGGAACAGUUACAGUAGCGACAGCUUGUUUUCCAAAAAGAAAAACGUCGAUUCGUACAACAAUAGGAACAAUGGCGUCGACGAUUACAAUUUGAUUGAUAAGACGCGAUCUGAGUUCGAUCUGAUGCAGACCGUCGACAAUGACGGUAUAACUCAUAUAUCUGUGCAGCAGAAGGGCUACAGCACGCGGUACGAGCAACCACUAAGUCUGAUUGGAUUAAAAAACGAGAGAGAUCAUGGUGAAAUAGAUAGUGUUAUUUAUACAGAUAUAGAUAUACCAAGUAAACCGGAGAAGAAGCGAUUGUUUCACAAAAAAUCUAAAGCUCCUCCGCCUCCACUGCUUAUCAACAAAGAAACUCCAAAGAUACUUAAGGGCGAAUUCGUGAGGGUGAAUGUUGAAAGAUCACCAGACGUUAUACCUAAAGAUAAUAAGCACAAUAAAAUACCUGAUAUUCUAAUGCUUAGAGAUAACAAAUCGAAAAAGAACAAUCAGAGCAAUCUGUGGACUGUUAGCAACAAAGUGACCAACGGCUACGAAUCUGAUAGAGAAGAGUGGAGAAGCAGCCGCUCACAGUUUUCAACAACCGCCUUCGACAGCCUCGCUCGGCCUACAAAAAUGGCGAUGGCGUUAACAUUCAAAAAGCCCCAAAGACUCGAACCAGUACCACAAUAUUUUCGCCUAACAAGCGAUUCAAAGCCCAAACUCACUCCCCUACCGUUCCGACCAAACAACUUUCUCCAAAGAGCACCGAGAUUACCGCGACCCAGCACAGAAAUCAAACGGAACCUCACAACGGAUCAUAGAAAAUAUAUGUCGCUGCAAAAUCUCGAAAUACCGAAGAAGCUAAGCGAACCAAAAAAGCAGAAUGAGAAAAAGGCGAAUUAUAGCAAUAUCUCGCACAGGAUCACGGGACUUACAAAUAAAUUACGAGAUUUAGGUAAUGGCAACACCAUCGGUAGAUUUAAAGCGCAAUCGCAUAGUGAUGUUGCGAAUUUAAAACCAGUAUUGAAAAUGAACGUUCAUGAUGGAACGAAGCGUUCGGUUGUAAGGACUUGUAGUGUAGAACCACCAAAGAAAGUUACAUUUAGUGCCUUCGCCACCGUUCAAGUAGUUUAAAUUUAAAAAGUUAUGCUGAAUAUUUGGCGGGGCCUUAAGUUAUAACCCUACAUAUAUAGUAUUAAGAAUAAUAAAAAUAAAUAUAACGGUUUGACAUUAAAAUAUUAUAUGUAAUAAGUAUUUAAUUGUUGUAAUUCUAUAAUUGACAUUAUAAAUAAUUUGACAGUAUAAAUAAUUCGAUUUGUUUCUUCACUUUGUCCUCAGUAACAAUUAAGCCUGAAUGUAUUUCCAAUUAAUAUAAACUAAUACUAGUAGGUAUGUAACAUAGUUUAGAAAACAAACAAAGGAAAAGGUAUUAUUUAAGUACAAGACAUGCUAUAAGUAGGGUUCCAAUAUCAAAGAUAUUUUUUCAUUUGCCUCUUUUAUACUGAUCGAUAAACAUCAAUUUUGUUAAAAUAUUACACAUACUUUGGGAUAAUUUAAUCAGUAUAAUGAUAAACGAUUACGAUAUGUAAUCAUUAAACUCGAUUACAGUAUAACGAAAGUAAUCAAAAAAGUAAAAUGAGUGAGUAAGUCAAGUAAGUAGCCCAGAGCAUCCCCGCACGCCCUCUUCAGAAUCAAUCAAAGUUAAUCGGUAAUCAUGAAUGCAAAUUGUAGUCGUAAAUUUUUUAAUCUGUUUGCAUUUUGCUUAGGCAAAUUACAGAUAUUUAAGAAAAACUUUUUUAACUAUAGUAUUAUUGAAUAUAUCAUAAACAAUAUGGUUAUGUAGACGGAUAUAUUUUGACAUUUAGAUGUGUUCUUCUCGCGGUAUGUACGGUAUAAAACUAGAUGCAACUUGGUUAGUCAAAGUUUGAUUUCCUGUUUUAAUAAUAGUCGGUGUAAUUUCUCAUUAACAAAAUCCAAGUUUGCUAGAAUGAUCAUAUUUACCCCUCCAAUUAAGUGUACAGCUUGUGUUAGGAGUGGGGACGGUAGCACAAGGGGCCAGGUCCGAACCAGCGACUUUUACAUCGCUAGGCGGCCCGUAAAUCAUUUGUGCUAAUGACUCUUCUACGAUCUAGGGAACCCUAUUUUAAUAGUGGCAACAAUACUAACUUAGUAUUUUACUAUUAAAUAUUUUUUAAUUAUUUAAGGGCGCGAAAAGUUAAAGCUGAUUAAAGUCUAAAGGUUUUGAGUGUUUACUUAUUUUUUGUUUUUAUUAUAUUGUUACGUAAUUCGUUAAAAAAAACGAAACAGGUCGGGUUUGUGUGAAUAUAAAAUUCGAUGAAAUUGUCAUUUAAACUUAUAUUAUUAAUAAUUUCAACGACGUAUUCGUUCGGGAAAUCAUUACGAAGAUAUUAAAAAAGUAUUUCAACCUAUUAGUUAUUUUAUAAGAGAAUUUGUAAAUAAAAUAUUAUAUUAUUUCUAAUCUUUUUAGUC